AUGACGGAAAUGUACCAUGUAACUGUCGGAAAAACUGCAAUCUUCGAUACUGCCGAUGUUUUAAGGAAAACCGAACUUGCACCUCCCGCUGUCACCCCCGAAGAAAUUCCAAUUGAUCCGCUACUAUUAUCGGAUGAUUCAGAUGAAGCCACCGAGAAUGAAAAUCAAAGUAGUUCUCCAGAACCCUCUAGCAAUGACAGUCAAUAUUCAUCUGCUAGCAAUAAUAUUGAACAGAGAAUUAUGGAGGAGAAAUUAGACCGGAUACAAUGGAAAUACGGUGAGAAGAUUCAUGGUGCAGUGAUAUAUGCGAUGGAGAAAAAAUACCCGCUCCUCUCAGAUAUUAUUGAAAGGACAAAAGAACUUGUUAUAGAAGAACGCCUACGUCAACAUGAAAAUAUUAUCAAACGCACUAUCAAGAAUUACCAACAGUUGGAUUUCUAUCAAGAGUUUAUCAACCGAAGAAGAAGGAGAAAAAAUGGGCCUUCCGUAUCGGCUAAGCGGACAUUUGAGCAGAAUAAGUCUAUUCCUUUACUUAUGGAAAUCACACCGGUCGCAUUUUGGGUAGGACAUUCUGGACAAUUCCGGAGGCAAAUGGAAAUUGAAGGAGAUCAAAACGAGGAUCCAGAGAUAUUGUUCAGAUCUUAUGAUGAGGCGUUGGAGGUAUUACGUGACCCAAUUGCACAGGAGUAUGGUUCUUUUAUUGAUGUGGAUAUGUUGUUAACGGAUCUCGAGGGUCUUGUAUAUAAAUCACCUCCACCACAACAACAAAGUACAAAGAGGGGACGUCAGUUGAGGAAAAAUUAA